AUGUCAACCGUAACAUUUAACAUGGCGCACGACGCUGACACGCUGGACGACAAUAAGGCGCACGACGCCGAUACGCUGGACGAUAAUAAGGCGCACGACGCUGACACGCUGGACGAUAAUAAGGCGCACGACGCUGACACGCUGGACGACAAUAAGGCGCACGACGCCGAUACGCUGGACGAUAAUAAGGCGCACGACGCUGACACGCUGGACGAUAAUAAGGCGCACGACGCUGACACGCUGGACGACAAUAAGGCGCACGACGCUGUCACGCUGGACGAUAAUAAGGCGCACGACGCUGUCGCGCUGGACGAUAAUAACGUAUUAUAG